GAAGCAGUGUGUUGUUGUGCCUGUAACUUGACGGUGGUGCCGGACAGCUGCCACACUGGACUCGGACUGAGCCGGACUGUUAUUCCUGUGAUGCCCCAGGGCGGGCUGAGCUGGCCGGGGUCACGAUGCCUUACGUGGACCGACAGAAUCGCAUCUGCGGCUUCCUGGACAUCGAGGAGAAUGAGAGCAGCGGCAGGUUCCUGCGCCGAUACUUCAUCCUGGACACUCAGCACGGCAGCCUGCUGUGGUACAUGGACAACCCACAGAAUCUGCCUAAAGGUGCAGAGAACGUGGGAUCUCUCAAACUCACCUACAUCUCCAAGGUCAGUGAUGCCACCAAACUCAGACCAAAGGCUGAGUUCUGCUUUGUUAUAAAUGCAGGAAUGAGAAAGUUUUAUCUGCAAGCCAAUGACCAGCAGGAUUUGGUGGAGUGGAUCAAUGUUCUCAACAACGCCACCAAGAUUACUGUGCCAAAGCCUGGCGAGGGCCACACCGUCCAUGCAGAGACUCCCCAGGAAGCACUGGGAGCCAUGAAACAGGUCUCCUACAAGACUGAGAUCAUAGGAGGAGUCCCUAUCAUCACCGCUACACAGGAGCAGGGGGAGGGGCAGAAUGGCGCAGAGCGUGGAGGCGUGAAGCGGUGUCAGAAUCAGCUGCCCUACUUCCUGUCCAGAGGAGCGCAGGACCAGGCCAUCAUCAAGGCCGGAUACUGUGUCAAACAGGGAGCUGUGAUGAAGAACUGGAAGAGGAGAUAUUUCAUGCUGGAUGAAAAUGCUCUCAGCUACUACAAAUCUGAGCUGGAGAGGGAGGCGCUGAGAGUUAUCCCGCUGAAGGAGAUUCACAAAGUUCAGGAAUGCAAACAAAGUGAGCUAAUGAUGAGGGACAACCUGUUUGAGAUGGUCACCAGCUCCAGAACCUUCUACAUUCAGGCUGACAGCCCAGAGGACAUGCACAGCUGGAUUAAGGCCAUCUCAGGAGCGAUCGUGGCUCAGCGUGGCCCCGGACGCUCAGCUAACACUGAGCGCAGCGAGCUCUCUUCUCCCUCCCCAACAUCUGCCUCCACAUUCUACUACCCCCUCGACCAGGAACUACACCACCCACAAUCCUCCUCCAGCCCCUCCUCAGCGGGCGCUCAGCCUCACACUGGACACACACCACCAGGACAACUUCCUGGGCCUGCUUCCGUGGAGGCUGAGCGGUGUCCAGUCCGUGAUGAUGCCCCUCCCUCCGGCACGCUCCCGCCUGUCGCUGCAAGAGACGGUGCAGUCCUCAAAGUGACGGAGGGGGGAGACGAGUCCCUGUGGAAACUCCGCAGCCAAAUCUCUGAGCUGGGGUUUGUUGGCAGUGGUGGUGAGGAGGAGCUGAACCGCUGCACCACUGAGAAUUCUGACCUGCACAUUACCCUGAUUUGAUGAUGAUGAACCUGAUGAUGAUGAUUGACAAUCAUCAAAAAGGACACACACACUUCUACACAAGCUCCUUGUGCUGAGACUGCUCUGUGUGCUUAAAAAAACUACCUGACUUGCCAAAUGAUCCUCCUACAAAACUGGGACCAGUUGGGUCCUUCCUGGGACCAGUUUGUUUGUACGUGAGUGCACAUGUGGGAUAAAAUCUUACAAACAAAAACCAUGUUGUCCUGCAAAGAAAAAUAACCCUUAGAUAUUGUAAAGUUUUGAGAUGUUUCAGCAGCGUAAGAAGCAUGAAACCCGCUCGUCACACGAUGAUGGGCGGGUUCCAUGGUUCAUAUAAGAAACAGACAAACCAAAGUUUGCCGUCGUGGUUUUUCUGCAGCAUCUGCAUCGAACUCUGCUGAGAAACUGACUAAUCCAGCUUCUCACUUAUAGUGUCUGUAAGUUAAAGAUGAAACAUUUUCAGCAUCACCGGAGUUUAAAUAAGGACACAUUCACCCAUUCACCAACAGCAUCACGCAGACAAACAGUCCAUCACACCUUUAUAUCCAAAUACAUUUAGUGUCUGAUAUUAGACUGAAGCCUUGUUUAUAAUUAUAAUUAAUGUGGAGCCAUGAAUUGUUUUAUUAAAUGUAUAUAAAAAGAGAUGAACAACUGUUCACCUUCAGCCUCAUCAUCCUCUCCUCAUCUCCAGGUAACUUACUGUAUUUGGGUUUUUCAUGUAAAUUUUAGAGAAAAUCUUCUAUUUACAACAUACAACUUAGAAAACAACAACAACAACAACAAAAAAAUGGUGAAAACAUGAAAUUUACCAAAGCCACAAUAUGCAGCAUUUGACUUUGGUAAAUGAUGUGACCUCAGACAGUCAAACGUUUUUUAAUGUUUCCAAACCGAAGAUAAGACGACUUAAAGGGGCUUUAAUGAAUCAGACGCUGGUGUGGACCGAAGAGCUGAGCUGACUUUCAUUCUGCUCACCAGCUUUACUCACCUCAGCUCCUGCACUAUACACUCAUGUUACCGUUGCUUUUUAAGCUCCACCUGAUGUUGAUGCAUUUGUUUUAGUGUUUUUAGUUUAAAGAUAUGAAACAGACAUGAAACCAAACUCACAUUGUUGAUUUGUUGAUCUGUAAAUGUUGUUUUUGGACUCAUUUUUGCAGGUUUGGUGUCUGUGGGCUCUCACACUCUGUGCUGGAGACUGGUUGUGGGUAUUUUUGUUCUCAUUUGCUUUUAGUUUUGAUGGUUUUAUUAUUCACAGUGAUCAGAUGGUUUUGAGGAAAAUAUCUGCAUAUAUAUGUUGUUUACUGACUUUUAUACACGUGUGCAUGUUUGCAUGCACAUACCCCCACCCCACCCCCCACUCUGUUAAACAUAAGCUGGGUAAAGUGCCUGCAUUGUUCUUUCUAAAGAGAUGAUAGGGAAAAAAAUGAUGAGCUGUUUUGACCCUUUUUAGUCUGAACUUGAUUCUAAGACCAUGUGCUCUAUUUAUUGAAAGAAUUUUGGAAAGAACCUGGAUUCAGGUGUUUUCUUUGCUAACAGGGAUUUAAGAGACAGUGGUGACAUGAGCUCACACUGGAUAUAAAAAGAAGUGAUGUUUCUGAUGUCAGACUUGAGGUUUGUGGUGGAGAGUAACAUGUCUGGUCAAUUUUCUUUAUUUUUCUACAAAUCCCUCAAAAAGAUGGAAACAGUGUGUUCGUUUUCCUCUCUAUACUUUCUCACUUCAGCUCCAACCCUGUUACUUCUUACUGAAAGUGUAAAAACACUCAAGAAUUAUAAGCAAAUAGUCCACUGGGUGUCGCUGUUUCCAAAUGUAAGGGGCAGAGGAAGCCUCCAUUCUUCAUUCAGUUGUCUCAUUGGGUGGACGCUCUCCAAAUAAACUCUUCUCAGGUG